AUGCUCCGCGGCCAGACCCUCCCCUGGAGAGCUGCGCUCCACCAAACGCCUCGCCCUUUACUCCGCCGUCCUUUCCUUACUGCGACAAGGAAUAAUGCCAAUUUCCGUUCUGCAUUAACUGCAACCCGUCUUAGCCGUUCCCUUCCCUCGGCUCCCCGCACAUUCUCCUCUAGCUCCAUCCAACGGAAAGAGAAACCCCCACCGGAGGACCAAAAUGAUGAGCUAGAACAUAAGGAAGAGGAGGACAAAAGUCAAGAGAAUAAGGAAGCAGCGAGAGCUUCAGAAUCGCGACGGAAAGUUGCCGACUCGGAUAAGACCGCCGAGCAGACAAGUUCCACCCGGAGAAAAGAUCGAUCAUCAAGCGACAAGGAGCGGGCAAUAGAAGAAGAGCCCAAGAAGGAAGCUGAGGCUGAUGGAAAGGGAAAUUCGAGCCAAACGCCCUCCGCUAUUCCCCCAAGCAGUAGCGCGGCCGACUCGAAGCCUAGCUCUGCGAACAGUGGCGGCAAUAGCGGAAAUGACGAUGGCGGGAAGAAGGGCAAGAAAGGAUCCGGGGAAAAGGCUUUGCAAAAGCCUGCUGUCCCGGAUGUAUACCCACAGGUCAUGGCAAUUCCUAUUGCGAAGCGACCUCUGUUCCCCGGAUUCUACAAGGCAAUUACCAUCCGUGACCCCAAUGUUGCGGCUGCGAUUCAAGAUAUGAUGAAGCGCGGCCAACCGUAUGUAGGCGCAUUCUUGUUCAAGGAUGAUAAUGCCGAUGGUGAUGUUAUUGAUAACCUGGACGAUGUCUACGAUACCGGUGUAUUCGCCCAAAUUACAGCAGCCUACCCACUCCGCGGAGAGGCCAGCGGUGUGACUGCUGUCCUCUACCCACAUCGCCGCAUCAAGAUUUCCUCGCUCCUACCCCCUAGUGAAACCACCAAGGGUAAUACCACAGAAGAUAAGGCUGAAAAGAAGGGUGAUGUUGUGGCGAGCUUCGAAGAAGGGGCUGCUGAGUCUGCGCCCAAGGAUCACUAUGAACCUACAUCAUUCCUAAAGAAGUACCCAGUCAGUUUGGUCAAUGUGGAAAACUUGACUGAGGAGCCUUUCGACAAGAAGAAUGCAAUUAUUCGUGCCGUGACCAGUGAAAUCGUGAACGUGUGCAAGGAAAUUGCUACUUUGAACCCGUUAUUCCGUGAUCAGAUCUCGGCUUUCUACACCGACCAGUUCCCUGGAAACCUCAGUGAUGAGCCUGCUAAGCUUGCUGAUUUUGCUGCCGCGGUUUCAGCCGGGGAGCUGCAUGAGAUGCAGGAGGUGCUCGAGACCAUGAACAUCGAGGAGCGUCUUCCCAAAGCUCUUGUCGUGUUGAAGAAAGAGUUGAUGAACGCUCAACUUCAAUCCAAAAUCACCAAGGAUGUCGAGGCCAAGAUCCAGAAGCGUCAGCGCGAAUAUUGGCUGAUGGAGCAGAUGAAGGGAAUCAAGAGAGAGCUUGGCAUCGAGUCAGAUGGCAAGGACAAGCUAGUUGAAAAGUUCAAGGAGAAGGCAGAGAAGCUUGCUAUGCCCGAGGCUGUUAAGAAGGUCUUUGAUGAGGAGAUCAACAAGCUGGCCCACCUUGAACCUGCGGCCUCCGAAUUUAACGUCACUCGCAAUUAUUUGGAUUGGCUCACUCAGAUUCCCUGGGGUCAGAAGAGUGUUGAGAACUUUGGCAUUAAGAACGCGGUUUCUGUUCUUGAUGAAGAUCACUACGGCCUAAAGGAUGUGAAGGAUCGGAUUUUGGAGUUCAUCGCCGUGGGCAAGCUCCGCGGCACCGUGGAAGGAAAAAUCCUUUGCCUCGUCGGACCUCCUGGUGUAGGAAAGACCAGUAUCGGAAAAUCUGUGGCCCGUGCCUUAAAUCGACAGUACUAUCGUUUCUCUGUGGGUGGGUUGACUGAUGUGGCGGAGAUCAAGGGUCACAGACGGACUUACGUCGGUGCUCUUCCCGGUCGUAUCAUCCAAGCUCUCAAGAAGUGCCAGACCGAAAACCCCUUAAUCUUGAUUGACGAGGUGGAUAAGAUUGGUCGUGGUCAUCAGGGUGACCCCUCUUCUGCGUUGCUGGAGUUGCUUGACCCCGAGCAGAACAGCUCCUUCUUGGACCAUUACAUGGAUGUCCCCGUCGACUUAUCCAAGGUAUUGUUUGUUUGCACUGCCAACGUCACUGAUACCAUUCCUCGCCCGUUGCUCGACCGCAUGGAGCUCAUUGAGCUUUCCGGCUACGUGGCUGAUGAGAAGAUGGCCAUUGCGGAGCGAUACCUGGCCCCGGCUGCCCGAGAGAUGACUGGCCUGAAGGAUGUUGAUGUCAACCUUGAAAAGGAAGCCAUCGAGGAGCUCAUCAAGUCCUACUGCCGCGAGAGCGGUGUUCGUAAUUUGAAGAAGCAGAUUGAGAAGGUUUACCGGAAAGCGGCUUUCAAGAUUGUGCAGGAUCUGGGUGAGGAGACAUUCCCGGAAGAGGCGGCACUGACCGAAGAAGGCAAGGCUGCUCAGGAGCAGUCGAAGGAACACGAGUCCUCGGAUCCCGCUGAGGCCCCUCUUGAACCGGAAAAGUCAACCACCGAGAUUCCUCGCCUCGCACUCAAGGUGCCCGAAAACGUACAGCUCAGCAUUGGCAAGGAUACUUUGAAGGAUUACGUCGGGCCUCCAGUUUUCACUGCGGACCGUCUGUACGACAAGUUCCCCCCUGGUGUCACCAUGGGUCUUGCCUGGACUAGUAUGGGUGGCGCCGCCCUCUACGUCGAGUGUAUCUUGGAGAAUGCCUUGAAACACGCGUCGCGACCGGGAUUGGAGAUCACCGGCAACCUGCAAAACGUCAUGAAAGAGUCUACCCAUAUUGCCUACUCCUUUGCCAAGUCUGUCAUGGCCAAGCAGUUCUCCGAGAACGCCUUCUUUGAGAAGGCCAAGGUUCACUUGCACUGUCCUGAGGGUGCUGUUCCUAAAGAUGGACCAUCUGCUGGUAUUACUAUGGCUAGCGCAUUGCUAUCGCUGGCGCUGAACCACCCGCUUGACCCGACCGUCGCCAUGACUGGUGAGCUAACGGUCACCGGUAAGGUUCUGCGCAUUGGCGGUUUGAGAGAGAAGACAGUGGCUGCUCGUCGGGCUGGUGCGACCACAGUCAUCUUCCCAGCCGACAAUACCUCCGACUGGCUUGAGUUGCCCGAGAACAUCAAGAAGGGCAUCACAGGCCACCCAGUUAGCUGGUACUCCGAAGUGUUUGACCUCCUCUUCCCUACCCUAGACCACGAGGCUGCGCAAACGAUUUGGCAGAAAGCGUUGGCCAAGCCUGCGGACCAAGGCGAUCGCGGCUCUAACAGCUCUAAUGACGAUUAA